AUAUGAGUCAUUUCUGCACAUUAGGGAUGAAACCCGGAUGAGUUGCCAGAUAUUCCAGUUUAAACCGUAUAUGGUUGCUAGUCUCUUUAAACGCCAGCACUGUCCUGUGGCUCAAGCCGCACAUCUCCUCGAUGUCGAAGCACAAGCUGUUCCUGCUGCGGCACGGCGAAGGAGCCUGGAACAAAGAGAACCGCUUCUGCAGCUGGGUUGACCAGAAGCUGAGCGAGAACGGAGUCUUGGAGGCUCAGGAGUGCGGUCGGAUGCUGAAGCAGCACGGCUACCAGUUCGGCCAUGUUUUCACCUCGAUCCUCAGCCGCUCCAUUCAGACAGCGUGGCUUGUACUGGAGGCCAUGGGCCAAGAGUGGGUGCCGGUCACCAAGUCAUGGCGGCUGAACGAACGCCACUACGGCGCUCUGAUCGGUCUGAACCGGGCCGAGAUGGCGCUGAACCACGGUGAGGAGCAGGUAAAGCUAUGGAGGCGGGGAUAUGACAUCACACCACCCCCCAUCGAUGAGUCCCAUCCCUACUUUGCGGAGAUUUACAGCGACCGGCGGUACAGCACGUGUGAUGUGCCCAAAGAGGAGCUGCCCAAAACGGAGAGCCUGAAGGAGGUGCUGGACAGACUCCUGCCUUACUGGAAUGAUGUCAUCGUUCCUGAAAUUAAGAGUGGCCAAACUGUCCUCAUUUCAGCUCAUGGUAACAGCUGCAGAGCCUUGCUCAAGCAUCUAGAAGGUAUAUCUGAUACCGACAUUGUGAACGUCACUCUUCCCACUGGGGUGCCGGUUCUGCUGGAGUUGGAUGAAAAUCUCCGGCCGCUGAAGCCUCGAGAGCUGCUGGGAGAUCAGGCCAAAAUUCAGGCGGCCAUCAAAAAGGUGGAAGAUCAGGGAAAAGUUGUUGAAAGCAAAUGAACAAACUGUUUGAAACGAAAUGAAAGUACAUGCUGAUAAGUUAUAGCUCGUUCUUAUUUAUAUUGAUGCACUGGACAGGAGAAAAGUUACACUAAUGUACACCUAUGUAUGGAUUGUUACUGGUUUUAGUUUUCGGUACAAAGCGGCGGCUAUUUUACUCGGACAGGGCAAAUAAUCGUGUUUUAUUCUGUUUGGUGAAAUAUUAAGAGAAGUGAAUUACAGUGGAUUUCUAUACUGUAUGACUCCAGUAAGAAGCCUGCACUUAAACUUGAUUGCCGAUGUGUUCUUUAGAGAUUACUUGUCUAACUGGUCUGAAUGGAAAGACCAGCUGUGCUUUUGUCUUAAGUAAAGGAGAGUCCAGGAUCCACCCAUGUUUACAUCGUUUGCAUUUAAGAAAUGAUCGUGUUGUCUUACUCUGAUCCGUUAGCAUGAUGUAAUGCUGUGGAAAUUAUUUGAAGGGUUUAUGCACCUCAAUGCAAUAUGUACCUCAACAUUACUACUAGUCAGCGCAGUCCUGGUCCAAAAGUGGACCUUUUCUACGCCGAUGGUCCCUGAUGUCUGAGUUUCCUUUCUUUAGAGCUGUUUCCAGACUUUUUGCCAAGACAAUUUGUAUAAGGAAUAAAACUCAACAGCGCAUUCUGUUAUAGAAAAAUAAUCAACAGGUGGAGUGAUAAGACCUGAUUCACCUUUUAAAGUGGUUUAGUUCUCUUAUGUCACAGAAAUUUGCAAACACCAACAAUUUUUCUAUUUAUUAAACAAAGACUUGUUGUACUUAUUUAUGCAGUUAUAGAAACAUUUUAUUUAAAUGUUUAUAACAUUGAUAAUCUCUCUCUCUCUCCCUGUCUGUCGGUCCGUCUGUCCCUCUCUCCCUCAUUAUCAUUCUCUCUCACUCUCUCUCUCUCUUUGUCUAUCUCGCCCUCCCUGACACACACACACACCCCUCUCUCUCUCUCUCUCUCUCUCUCUCUCUCUCUCUCUCUCUCUCUCUCUC